AAAGAACAAAGCUUUUCAGAUAAUAUUACACUUAUAAUAUAAACUGUUAAUAUAUUUGUGACUUUGUACUUCCCACUGAGUGCAUUUAUCAUGGCAGAACAUGGUUCAGUAUGUUGUGGUGCUUGCCGUUUCUUAUGUUGUUCUAUGUUCCACUGCAUCUGCUGUAAAGAUAGCCCACCAGAAUUACCAGUUUAUAAUGUAAUCUGCAUUGGCAUUACAAACUCUGGAAAAUCUACAUUACUUAAAGUGCUAACACACGAAAAUUCAGACACUGUUGUGCCCACUGUUGGCUUUAAUGUCAAAGACAUUCGAUUGCCUAAUGCUGUUUUAAAAGUCAAAGAAUUAGGUGGAGGGGACAACAUAAGACCCUAUUGGGGCCGAUAUUACACUGGUGUACAAGGCGUAGUGUUCGUAAUAGAUGGUAUGUCCACACACGACAAACUAGAAGAGCUACGUCCAGAGCUAAUGAAAGCUUUAAACAGCCCAGAAUUAAGGUCCAAACCCUGGCUUAUACUGUGCAACAAGCAAGACCUAGAAGGUGCUUCAACGGAUGAAUCUGUUAUUGAAGAACUGCAAUUACGAAGCCGGAUGAAAGAGAAUGAAAGCAUUCUUGUAAAAUCAUGCUCCAAAACUAACGUAGAAGGACUGAGACUUAAUUUUGAGUCAUUCGGAAAUGAACUUCAGCGCUUUUAUGAAAAUGAAGUCGGACCUAUGAGAGUAUAACGUAACAAAAAGAUAUCGAAUUUUGUCAUUGCCCGCUUUCUAUAUUUCUCCUAAAAACUACUGUCUCGCCAGUGAGUGUUUAUUAUUGUGCAUUUCCAGCUGUUUUAGAAUAUCAUAACAAAGUUGUGUUCUGCUGACAGCAAAUACUUAACUGUGAGAAUGUUAUAUAAGUUCUUUAUUAAAGUUGCAGUUUAAAAUGAAGUGUAUACAAUUUAGCUUGUUUAAUUCCAAACUAGCUUUACUAUGUUACCUAUACUUAUAUAUAUAUACGACAUACAAUACAAAUGAUAAAACUAUGUGCAAUAGUUUUUCUAUGUAUAUUAUAUCUUAUCACGCUAUACUCCAACAGUGCUGUAAAGGUGGCUGUACACAGUAUCCGUCAUGCGAAUUCGCUUGCAAAGUUGUAUGCGAACCCAUUACCGAGUUCCGCAUGCGGCAGCAAAAUCCAGACAAAACAGACAAAACGUACGAAUUCCGGAUACUGUGUACAGCCACCUUAAGCCUGCAAAGUGCUUCCAAAUCCUAAAUUGAAAAACGCUCUAACCAAAUUUCACUAUUUUUUAAAAAUAUCUUUCAAAAGAAUUUGUUAACCACUGUAAUAAGCAACCCAACAAAAUUAAAUGUCAAGUCACUAUUGGUUCAUUACACAAUGGUAAAAAGCUUUAUAUAAUAACAGCUUAAUAAUCUAUUUCUGACCAAGAUUUUUCCAAUUUAGGAAAAUAUCUAAAUUCCUAGUUGGUAUAGCUUUAGAAAUAUGAUGAAAACUGAAAAAAAUACUUGUAUAAAGCAUUUAAAAUAAGUCUGUCUUAAAUUUUAUUUUUUUAAUUUUUAAUCCCAGAGUCAACAGAUUAUUAAAAUUAUAGUACGUUUUAUAAAAGUAAAAUUCAUUUUUUAAUUUUUACGCAUAUCUAUAUAUACUAAAGAAAGAUGACUAUAUAAUGCUUCUAUAGAAAAUGUUCAAAAUAUUGUGCCAUUUUUGUAUAAAAAACGUUUAUUUAUUUUAGUAAUGUUUAAAACAGUGCAUUCUUUAUAAUAAUGUUUCACAAAAUAGGUGCGGAAUUACUUUCAGCCUAUUGAUUUUUGUUUCAAAUACUGUUAUACCAAAGCUAGUUUACCAAAGUUAGUUUAUCUCUUUGAAUAUCAUACUGUAUAAAAUACAUUUAAGGUCUUAUAUUGUGUUUGGUCUAGUCUGUAAAAUUACUUUUUUUUGUAAUAUUUUGUUAAUUUUAUUUUAAAUGUUCAUUUUUUCUGUAUUGCGCUAUCAUGGCUGUCAUCUUACAUUAAAGCAGUAGGCUAUUUAGGUUAUUUUUUUCAUUCAAGUGUUUGAUUUUAACUUGUUACCAAAAUUAAUUUAAUAGGGCUAUACAACUUUGAAGGUACAAUCCCAUAGCCCUAAACUUGGCACUUGGCAGAGUGGGCAGAAAAAACUUUAAAUAUCUGCACUGCAUUAAUCAGUAGACUAGACAGUAGACAUUAUAGUCAAAAAGACGAAUUUAAGUUUUUAUAUGAUUAUUUGUUAAACUAUCACUGCCCCCUUCUGCAAAAGUAACCCCCAUGUUAACCAAUUUUAGCCAUAAAUAUUAACAUAGGAAAAAUAAUAGUUUUGUAAUUGUAAAUUAUCGGAUGUUGUUUUUUAUGUGGCAUAUUUAUAAGCUAGUUGCAAACUCUAACCUGCCUAAAACUGCUUGCUUUUCUAGGGGUGCAAAAAAAUCUAGUCUGUGUUCAUAAAGUUGUGCCCACUGUUUUAGAAUGUAAAGAUAUAAUAUACGUUUUUAUUUAAGUAAUUUCACUUUAUAUUUCAGUGCGUCUUUCUAACACAUGACACAGUUUGUUAUAACACUGGUUUGCACAUAAUGAAUGUAGAAUGUUGUUUAAUGUAUUUAUAUGAAGUAUGUAACAAUUGUGUAUGUAUUUGUGCCAUAAUAACAACUGUUUUAUUUUUGUUUAAAAUCA